AUGAGCAAAGACGAAUAUUUUGGUAAAAAUUUUGCUCAUAUUCAUGCAAAGCAAAAAAGAUUAGACGAGCAAGAAGAUGAAUCACGUAAAUUCUCGAAUAAAAGAAAAUUCUUUGGAAGAUUUUCAAACCCACUUAGUGAUUACAUAUAUGGAACCAACGCAGUUUAUGCAGCAUUGAACUCCAAUAAAAGAACAAUAUUUUCAAGAAUCUUAGUUUAUAAACCUGAAUUAUCUAAAACUGGUUCUUAUUCAAAAAUAAUAAAAAUGUGCAAAGAAAAAGAAAUUCCGAUUGAAGUAUUAGACUCUAAACAACAAUUGAUCUCUUAUUCGAAUAAUAAUGUCCAUAAUGGGGUCAUUCUAGAAUGUAACAAAAUAACACCGACAAGCAUUAGAUCAUUAAAUUUAAUUGAUAAUAGCGAAAAUAAUCAUGAAUAUUCAAUAAUAAGAAAUUCGAUUUAUCAAGAUGAGCUCGAGGAAAACACUCUCACAUUUAAAACAAUUAACAAAAAGGGAAGCGAUAGCUUUGACGAUUCAAAAUAUCCUCUAGCAUUAUUUUUGGACGAAAUAACAGACUCUCAUAACAUGGGUGCAAUAAUCAGAUCAGCAUACUUUUUAGGGGUUGAUUUUAUAGUGAUGACAGCCAAAAACUGUGCGUCCUUAAGUGCAUCAGUAUCAAAGUCCUCUUCUGGAGCUGUGGAGUUCAUGAAUAUCUUUUCAACCGACACACCAUUGAAGUUCUUUGAUGAGUGCAGACAAAACGGAUGGACCUUCAUUUCUACUGCAGUCUUUGAAAACAACGAAAACACCAAAGGCAGCAAAAUCACUGUUCCUAGUAUUGAAACAGCAGACUUGUCGCCACUAUUGGACUCGAGUCCAUGUGUGUUGGUUUUGGGCUCUGAAAGCAAAGGUGUGAGAAAGUCGUUGGUUCAAAGAAGCGACUACAAGGUGCAAAUCCGCAGCCCCAGACCAGAGGUUCUUGAUGGCAGCUCUUCCAUCGACUCGUUGAACGUCAGUGUUGCUUCCUCGUUGCUCAUAUCAAAGUUCGUGGAGUAG